CGGGGGGCGGAGGCGGCGCCAGGGCGAGCGCGGACCACGUGGGGCUGCGACGGGCUCUGUCCUUCCGCCGAGCGCCAGGAGGGCAGCGGGGCCGGCGGCGGAGAGGACGCGGCGGGGGCAGCCGGCCAUGGUCAUCCGGGCGGACGAGGCGGCGGCGCUGCCGGCGGAGGACCAGGGCGCUGCAGUCGGGGCCGCCGCCGCCGCCGGGCGGGCGGGGAAGCCGGUCGAGGGGCCGGAGCGCGCCCGCGGAGCAGAGGAACAUCCACCCAGCAUGGUCCUGACAAAUGGCGACAGUUUGCAUAAAAGCCAGAAGGAGGAACCCAGACAGAACGGCCAUGAAGAGUCGAACCUCAUGGAAGAGGGCAACGACCAAGAGGUUAUCGUCAUCCAGGACACGGGCUUCACUGUGAAAAUCCACGUGCCGGGAGUAGAACCAUUUCCACUGCAAGUCUCCCCCCAAGAGAUGGUCCAGGAGAUUCACCAGGUCUUGAUGGAUCGUGAGGACACCUGCCACCGGACCUGUUUCUCUCUGCAGCUGGACGGCAACGUCCUGGAUAACUUUGCCGAGCUUAAGACCAUUGAAGGGCUGCAAGAGGGCUCCCUCCUGAAAGUAGUCGAAGAGCCAUACACAGUCCGAGAGGCCAGGAUUCACGUCCGCCACAUCCGGGACCUCCUGAAGAGCCUCGAUCCCUCAGACGCCUUCAACGGGGUGGACUGCAACUCCCUGUCGUUCCUCAGUGUCUUCACAGAAGGAGAUCUUGGAGAUAGUGGCAAGCGGAAGAAGAGAGGUAUUGAAAUGGAGCAGAUCGACUGCACCCCUCCGGAACAUAUCCUGCCAGGCGGCAAAGAGAGACCCCUUUGUCCCCUCCAGCCCCAGAACAGAGACUGGAAGCCUCUGCAGUGCCUAAAAGUUUUAACCAUGAGUGGCUGGAACCCUCCCCCGGGCAACCGCAAGAUGCACGGAGACCUCAUGUACCUGUACAUUAUCACAGUGGAGGAUCGGCACGUCAGCAUCACAGCAUCCACCCGAGGGUUUUAUCUCAAUCAGUCUACGGCGUACAACUUCAACCCCAAGCCCACCACCCCCAGCCUCCUGAGCCAUUCCCUGGUGGAGCUGCUGAACCAGAUCAGCCCCACCUUCAAAAAAAACUUUGCUACUCUGCAGAAGAAACGGGUCCAGAGGCACCCGUUUGAGCGGAUAGCGACCCCCUUCCAAGUGUACAGCUGGACGGCUCCGCUCGCCGAGCACGCCAUGGACUGUGUCAGGGCCGAAGACGCUUAUACCUCCCGUCUGGGCUACGAGGAGCACAUCCCAGGACAGACCAGAGAUUGGAACGAAGAACUGCAAACCACGAGAGAGCUGCCACGUAAAAACCUGCCGGAGAGGCUACUGAGGGAAAGAGCCAUUUUUAAGGUUCACAGUGACUUCACGGCUGCCGCCACCAGAGGCGCAAUGGCAGUCAUCGAUGGCAACGUCAUGGCCAUCAAUCCCAGUGAGGAGACCAAGAUGCAGAUGUUCAUCUGGAACAACAUCUUCUUCAGCUUGGGCUUUGAUGUCCGCGACCACUACAAGGACUUUGGUGGGGAUGUUGCUGCCUACGUGGCUCCGACCAAUGACCUCAAUGGGGUCCGGACAUACAAUGCGGUGGACGUUGAGGGGCUGUACACGUUGGGAACUGUGGUGGUUGACUACAGAGGUUACCGCGUGACGGCCCAGUCGAUCAUCCCAGGCAUCCUGGAGCGUGAGCAGGAGCAGAGCGUGGUCUACGGUUCCAUAGACUUUGGCAAGACCGUUGUGUCCCACACCAAAUAUUUGGAGCUUCUGGAGAAGACCAGCCGGCCCUUGAAGAUCCAGAAGCACGAAGUGCUGAACGACAAGAACGAGGAGGUGGAGCUGUGCUCAUCGGUGGAGUGCAAAGGCAUCAUUGGCAAUGACGGCCGCCACUACAUUCUUGACCUGCUGCGCACCUUUCCCCCGGACCUGAACUUUUUGCCCAUGGAGGGGGAGGAGAUGCCCGAUGAGUGUCAGAAAAUGGGCUUCCCCAAACAGCACCGGCACAAACUCUGCUGUCUCCGGCAAGAGCUGGUGGAUGCAUUUGUGGAGCACAGGUACCUGCUGUUCAUGAAGCUGGCUGCCCUGCAGCUCAUGCAGCAGAAGGCCAGCAAGCAGGAGAUCGGCGGUGCAUUACUGGAAAGCAGCAGCAGCAGCAGCAGCAACCCCACACACCCCUUUCCGGAGAACGGGAUGGAAGACGGGAAGGAGUCCCCGUUGGGAGAGGACAAGAUGGAAGAAAACAUGGCUGGGCUGGACCAGGUGAAGGAGCUCACAGAGACCAUGGCGGCGUCUGAUGAUGGUGCAGUGGACCCCAAAAGCAGGGAGGUGAUUCAAAACGCCUGCAAGGCCGUUGGCUCCAUCAGCAACAUGUCCUUUGACAUCCGCUUUAACCCAGACAUCUUCUCACCAGGCGUCCGCUUUCCCAACUCGAGCAAAGACCAGAUCCGAGAUCAGAAGCAGCUGCUGAAGGAUGCGGCCGCUUUCCUCGUGUCGUACCAAAUCCCAGGCUUGAUCAAAGACUGCCUCGACCACACCAUGCUGCCAAUGGACGGUGCCACCUUGGCAGAAGCCAUGCACCAGCGGGGCAUCAACAUGCGCUACCUGGGCAAAGUGGUUGACUUCAUCACCAAGACCCCUGCCCGGACUCAGCUGGAUCACGUCUAUAAAAUAGGUAUCACAGAACUGAUCACUCGGUCAGCCAAGCAUAUCUUCAAGACAUACCUUCAGGGCGUGGAGCUGUCAGGUUUGUCAGCCGCCAUCAGCCACUUCCUCAACUGCUUCCUAAGCUCCUUCCCAAACCCAGUUGCUCAUCUUCCCACGGACGAGCUGAUCUCCAAGAAGAAGAACAAGAGGAGAAGGAACCGUAACCUGGGCAACGCCGACAACACCACCUGGGCCAGCAUGAGCCCCCAGGAGCUGUGGAAGAGCAUUGGCUCCGAAGCAAAGGCCUACUUUGACUUCAGCCUGGAAUGUGAGAGCCUUGACCAAGCAGGGGAGGUGUACAACCUACAGAAGGUCACCCUCCUUCGUGAGAUCUCCCUCAAAACUGGCAUCCAGAUCCUGCUGAAAGAGUACAAUUUUGAUAACCGACACAAGCCAACCUUCACCGAGGAGGACAUCUUGAACAUCUUUCCCGUUGUCAAGCACGUCAACCCCAAAGCCUCCGAUGCGUUCCACUUCUUCCAGAGUGGGCAAGCCAAAGUCCAGCAAGGUUUCUUGAAAGAGGGCUGUGAGCUCAUCAGUGAAGCCUUAAACCUGUUCAACAACGUGUACGGUGCGAUGCAUGUGGAGAUCUGCGCCUGCCUGCGGCUCCUGGCACGCCUGAAUUACAUCAUGGGAGACUACUCAGAGGCCUUAAGUAAUCAACAGAAAGCCGUGCUGAUGAGCGAAAGGGUCCUCGGCAUUGAGCAUCCCAAUACGAUUCAGGAAUACAUGCACCUUGCAUUGUAUUGCUUUGCGAACAGCCAGCUCUCCACCGCUCUCAACCUCCUGUACCGCGCCCGCUACCUCAUGCUCUUGGUGUUUGGAGAAGAUCACCCAGAAAUGGCCCUCUUGGACAAUAAUAUUGGACUGGUUCUCCACGGGGUGAUGGAGUAUGACCUCUCUCUCCGGUUUCUGGAGAAUGCGCUGCUGAUCAACUCCAAGUACCAUGGCACGAAAUCCCUGAAAGUGGCACUCAGUCACCACUUGGUAGCCCGGGUGUAUGAGAGCAAAGCUGAAUUCCGGUCUGCUCUGCAGUACGAGAAGGAAGGCUACACAAUCUACAAAAAUCAGCUUGGCGAGCAUCACGAGAAGACCAAAGAAAGCUCAGAGUGCUUGAAGUACCUGACCCAGCAGGCAGUGGCCCUGCAGCGCACAAUGAACGAGAUCUAUAAGAACGGCUCCAAUGCGAACAUCGUGCCCUUGAAGUUCACGGCGCCCAGCAUGGCCAGCGUCCUGGAGCAGCUGAACAUCAUCAACGGCAUCCUCUUCAUUCCACUCAGCCAAAAAGACUUGGAGAACCUUAAAGCAGAAGUGCAGCGACGCCAGCAGCUCCAAGAGGCCCUCAAGACCAGCGAUCCGUUGGAGUCUGAAGAAGAGAAAUCCCUCUCAGAGGGAGCCUCUGAGCCGAGCCUGCCUUUGGCCGAAGCCCCCUAAGGGCCCACAGCGCCACUUAGACAGCUGGCCUUUCCUGGUGGGAUUACUCUCUGGGCGAUUCGGGGUCCCUCCCAUCUCCCGGGCAGCUCUUCCUUAGCAAUGUGUUUGGGUAUUUCUUUUCCAUUUGCACUGGUACAAUGCAAAGAACUACAAUUUGAAAAAUAAACGUAUCUGUCUAAAUAGGCAUUUGCCGCACAGUGGGAGGUGCUGCAGCUGAUGCCCAAAUAGCCAAGGCGGGGGUGGGGGGAGAAAAACAGCCAAAAGAAACCUGUGUUGGUGGGUGUGGGUGGUACGCCUGUGCCAUUCAUCCAUUUCUACUGUGUACAUAACAGAUUUAAUUCCAAGUGAGUUACAGUAACAUUUCUCAGGUCCUUUUAUGUGGAAGAAGAUGGCUGAAUUUUGCCUACUUUCCCCUUAUUCGGAAGUUGGUUCACUCAUCCUCUCCCCCACCCGACCCCCGUUCCUUCCCAGCUUUGAUCCUCCACCCUGUUUAGGUGAUCACAAAUUACUCUUAUUAUAUACUAAAUGCAAAUUCCGCCAUAUUUAAAAACCACCAAAUUCCUUUAGGCCUGAUUGGUUAGAAGGCAGAGCUGAAGUGUUGACGGAUGUCCAAGAGAAGGGUCGUGGGGAGGAAGCAGCCGUGGAGUCUUUGCGGGGUGUGUGUGUGUGAGUUUUUGUAACUUUUCACAGGCUCAGCAGGGUUUGUGUGUGUUUUGUCUGGCAGCACUGAACUUGUUGCAAAUCUCCUCCUUGCUAAAAAAAUGUGGGGGGGGGGGGGAGAAAGCAAUGCACAUGCAGUUAGUAUCCAAAGAAUAAAUUUAUGAAACACCCUCGUACAGUAGAGAUGUUACAAGGUGGUCACUGCCAUGCCGUAGGCCACCCACCCACCCCCAAGCCGGAAGCAAAGCGAAUGUGUAGGAGUCAAGAGCUGUCUGUAGGCCCGCCCUGCGAGGGUGCUUGCCGUUCCCAAGCAUCCUGAAUCGUUGCUCUAAUAUAAGAUUUUGCAAUGGGAUCCCCCCCCCCUCCCACCCUGUGCCUAGAUUUUGAGUCAAGCCAGCCACACUUGCACCCCCCCCCCCUCCUGUCUUGGAAAGUAUCUCUAAAGAGCUGUUGUGGGGUUGGGGAGGGAAGGGCGCUGCCCGGACAGCGUGAUUGUCUUGAAUUGAAUCAAUGUUUUAUUCUGUAAGGUUGCCUGUGAAUGUAUUAAAACAAAAAUCAUGGAUUAAGUCUUUACCAAAUGAGAUUCUCCUCCCACCCCAGUUUCCUCAUCUCCUCUGCUAAAUAUUAUGGCACUGAAAAACAUGGUUUUGGGUUCUGGUCUUGUGCCCUUCCUCUCCUCCACCUUUUGGCACUAUAGAAAGGUCUCCAUUGCUGGCAAUGGCUGCCCCCCCUCCCCCUCCCUCCGCAGCCUUGCCAAUGUAACAGCUCCCCCACCAAGAGGAAGAAAACUUUUUCCAGCUGUGCACAGGCCCACCACUCCCAGAGCUGCUGUUGCAACCGGGCCAAGCAAUUCUUGACUAAGAAGAAUGUGUCUGUUGGGUUUCUUCCCCAGCUCCAGCCUUAUUGCCCACCCCUCCCCCUGGGAGUCCAGAACGCACAAGCUCAGUCGCUCACAAGGACUGGACCGACCGCCGUUGCGCUGUGUCAGUGGUUCACCUGCACAAGCUGUGCGUUGCCUUGUCUGUCCAAAACUGUAAGCGCUCUGUACUGCUGUGACCCAAAUAUUGUGUUGGGGGGAGUUUCAGGGGAGGGGGCCAUUCUGUAGCAACUUAAUGCAGGGAUGGACAACCUGUGGUCCCUAUAGCCUGCCAACCCCUCCCCCUUGCCUUCGGGGGCCCUCAAAGGCUCUCUGAUCAUCACCAGCACCUGGGGCGAGUCGGGGAGGGGCAAGGCUGUUUGCAGCACAGCUGGCACGGGUUUUACCAUAGGCCUGCAGGCAGUAAAAGGGGUGGGUGAUGUCUAAAUUUGGCAUGUUGAUUUCCAGGUGAGCCUCAUACCGCCCAGGUGCUGUGGGGUAUGAAGCUGAAGCACUUUGUAAGGAAAGAACUUUGUUUUGGUCCAUGUUUAAGGGGUAGGAGAUGGAUUUUGAAUUCCCUAGGAAGUUCUUCAAUAAAGAAAUGAUUUCAAUACA